AUGUCACCAAACACUAAACAGCUAGAAGGUAUUCAUGAUUUUCGUUUCGGGACCACCAAGAGCGAUGAAGAGAUCGUUUCAAAUUAUGAUUUUACUUUAGAUAUCGAAACACUUUUAAUAAACCCAAUGACGAGGGAAAGAGCAAAAAAUUAUAAGAAGACAGGAUUUAUUAGACCACCACGUCCUCAAAAUAGUUUUAUUUUAUAUCGUAGAAACAAGACAGCGGAGCUUGACCUUGUCGGACUAAAAUCUGCCGAGAAAUCAAAGAUUAUUAGCGAAUUGUGGAAAGGUGAACCAGAAAAUGUUAAAGAAGUGUUUUCUGCACUUUCUAGGAUGGCUGAAGUAAAAUACAUUGAACGAUAUGGAAAAGUUAAAUACCAACCGAACCGCAAAAGCAAACAAAAAAAAGUCACAAAACCAGUCGAGUCAAAUUUAGCUUGUCGAAUCAAAUUUAUUUUGAAUUGA